AUCUUAAAAGGCAAUAUUCCCUUUUUAGCUACGUAUAAUGGUUUUAAAUAUCCACAAAGACCAGUGGAUUUGCCGGAAUUGGAUAUUAUUGCUGAGAGACUUAUUUCACCAAGGCUUCCGUUUAUGCAAAUACGUAGAUUACGCCAUUUCAAUGGUCAAUUUGCUAUAACUGGCCAAAUAAUUAAUGUGCCUGUCUCGGUUGAUAAUAUGAUAAAACUUUUACCAAGGCCGCUUGAUGGAAAUGAAGAAGACUAUUGUAUUAAUGUUCAUAUUAAGAAGAAACUUAUUCAUAAAACAAGUUACCUUCACGGAUUGGUUAAAGGUAUUGUCAUUAAAAAAUGGUUGACGUAUUUAAUUGAAACACCUCUGUAUAAGCACUUCCAAAUUAAAGUGGAUGAUGCUUGGUUUACAUCCAAUGGUGAGAAAGUCAUAAUUGAUUACACGGAUACAGGAGGAUCGAGUAGACAAGAUGAUGUGCAAGAGCUUCCAUCCUCUGAAACAGCAAAUCACACUCACUCUGUGGAUUCUGACUCCAUAGAAAAACGAAUACACAUCGAUGAUUUAAGUGAACAUAUUGUGAUUGAUGAAAGUCUGACUGCGCAACAGCAAACUCAUGUGGAGUGAGGAUAAAUUUUUACAAAUUGCUCCAGGUGAAAAUAAAGUUCCAGAGAGUUUGUUAUUUGACACAUAUGCAGAGGAAUUAUCAUUUCCAGCCAUUUACCUUGGGGAAUUUCGUGUAUUUCGAGAAGAAGCCAAUGUAACGCCAUUCAUGAUGGCAACAAGUGAAUUACGUCGUUCAGACAGGAGAGGAGUACUUCCUAAUAAGCUUCUUUACACGGCAAUGAAAAUAAUGCGCUUAAGAGUUUGCAGUGCUCUGAAGAUUGGAUUCAAACACAUCGGUAAGGAUACCAAUAUAAGUAAAGAACGCGUAUUAUCUGAUGAUUACAUAAAUGCCUGUUUGGAAACAAAUUUAGCUUUUAUGAAGUCAAUCCCUAAUUCUGCAACUUAUUGGUCUGCGCGAAAGCGAGAUCUUUUUGCAAUGAUGCGCCAGUUGGGUAGGCCAACUAUGUUUUUGACCAUAAGCGCGAAUGAAAUUGGAUGGCCAAACCUUCUAAGGAUUUUACACAAAUUGAAAAAUCAGGGAGAAGAGUUAACCGAUGAGCAAAUUGAAGUGUUGAAUUAUUUUCAAAAGACAACUCUGAUUAAUGAUGAUGCCGUCACCUGCGCAAUAUAUUUCAAUAAAUUGAUUAAUGUAAUCAUGCUUAUAUUGCAGUCAAAGAAGUUGAGUCCAUUUGGUAAAUAUCGAGUGAGUCAUUAUUUCAAGCGGAUUGAAUUUCAACAUAGAGGUAGCCCACACGCCCAUAUACUAUUAUGUGGAUUCAUCUGAAGCUUCCGGUCACAUCAAACUUCAAAC